GUAAAGAGCAAAGAAAACAUGAGUUGGGCUUGGGCCUUAGCUGUUAUCCAAGAUUUUGUUAACAACUGAUUCACAGACUCGGUCACGGUGGCAUCGGAUAGAGGGGCAAGAAAGGAUGAGGUGGUGCAGCCAGGUCUUCUCUGUGUCUGGGUCCGGUGCACAUGCACAUGCACUCGCUCUCGCUCCUAUAGUUACUGCUUCUUUUUCCAACACAAGUCUUGUGUUGCAAUUCCAAAAGCCUCUCUUCAAAUUCAGCAACUCCUCUUCUCUCGCUCUUACCCAUCGUAAGCUGUUACCCUCUGCACUGCCACUAACGCAGCCCUCAAGUUCAAGGGAGGAUUUUGAUUUCGUGGUCGUCAAUUUCUACCACUUUGUAUUCAUCCAAGACCCACAAGCUGAAGUCGACAAACACCGUUCUUUCUUGCAAUUGGAGGGUCUUGACAUCAAUGGAAGAUUAUAUUUGAAUGAACAAGGUAUUAAUGCGCAGUAUAGCGGGCCAUCAAAAGAUGCUAUGACGUAUGUCAACUGGUUAAGAAAGGAUAACAGGUUUUCUGACAUCUUGGUUCAGAUAUCUCCAUCAGAAAAGGGACAUACCUUUCCAACAUUGAAGUUGCGUUAUAAGCCUUCAUUAGUACAGUUUGAAGGUGGUAUGUCACAUCUUUCAUUGCUUGAUCCUUCAAUGCGGGCAAUACCUUUAUCACCUUCAGAAUGGAGAGAUAGAUUGGAAUCAAUCAAUAAAACUGAUCUUACAGCAAAAGAUAACUCAAACAGAAAUUACAUUCUAUUGGAUGUGAGAAAUGGUUAUGAGUGGGAUAUUGGACAUUUUCGUGGGGCUCAGCGACCUAGUGUGGACUGCUUUAGGAACACUUCAUUUGGUCUGUCUCGGGAAGAGAUCACUGCUUCAGAUCCUUUAUCAAAUGUAGAUAAAGAAAAAGCAAACAUAUUGAUGUAUUGCACUGGAGGGAUUCGCUGUGAUGUAUAUUCUUCAAUACUAAGGCAGCAGGGAUUUCAGAAUUUGUAUACUCUGAAGGGAGGUGUUUCUCACUAUCUAAAGAAUGAAGGCCCUGCCGAAUGGGUAGGAAAUUUAUUUGUAUUUGACUCCCGUCUAUCUCUCCCUCCUUCUAUUUACUAUACCGGGGCCACAACUGAAGCAGAGUCAACUCCAGUUUCUGGAGAUGAUAAUUUUGCAAAAUGCUACGUAUGUAGUUUGGAAGUCAGUGAAUUGAGACAUAGGAACUGUGCAAAUCUUGAUUGUAAUUUGCUUUUUCUCCUUUGUCAUGCAGAUGCUGCGGACAAUGUGCAGAGGAUCUAAGAGGUUGUUGUUGUUUGACGUGCACUACUGCUCCUCGGCUUAGACCUGUUUUAAAUGGAAUGCAGAGAUACAAAAAAUGGCACUACUAUCGGGAUAUGGAUUUUCAAGGGAAAAUGAAAAUUUCAGCUUGAAUGCCCUUGUCAACCAAUGGAAAAAGCUAGUUCCUCUCCAUUUUUGUUGUUUUCCAGCUGUGCAUUGAUAUCUAUAUGAUCUGUACAAACUGUCAAUGAAUUUCCAUGCAUUUAGCUAUUUACAUAUGGAUCAUGUUAACAACAUUGGUUAAGAAAUUAAGAAGGAAAUUUUUUUAUUUGAAAUUAUAUGAGCACAUUUUUGCACA